AUGCACUUCAACAGGUGCCUGCCUUACUCACCAGGUGCCUGUGUUACAGAUCUGGCUCGUAGGGAUGUGGAGCUGGCCAUCAAGGUGGGGCGUCUUGACCUGGCUGAGGUCAUCCUUAUCCACGGGCACGACUCGUGGUCAUCGGGGGAGCUGAAGGGCUGCCUCAUGACAGCUCUCCUCAUGGAAAAGGUGCAGUUCGUCGAGCUCAUCACCAAGUAUGAAACGAUGGACGCCUUGUUAACUGUCGACGUCUUGUGCAGCCUCUACAAAGAAGCGUGUGACUCCAGUCCGUUCCUGAUGCGGCUACUGGAGCGCUUCUGCUUGCAUGAGAUUAAAGACUUAAGACUGGUCCACGUGAACAACCUGCUGAAGCACAUGAUGAGGCACCACAACGACGCCGCCUACGACACGGAGGGGGCGUCGGUCACUACUUACUCUGGCAGCUCCUCCACCUUCCAGGACCCAUACUUGGAGCUGCUGGUGUGGUCGGUGCUGAGCCAGCACCUGCAGGUGGCAGAGUACCUUUGGCGGAAGUGCUGCUCGCCAGUGUCUGCAGCCGUCGUCGCCUCCUGCCUCGCCCAGGCCCUCAGUACCUACCUCCUCACCAUGGAUCAUGUCGCCGGCCUUGAGUACCAACGCUACAAGGCCCAGUUUGAAGACAUUGCAGUUGGUCUGCUGGACGCUUGCUAUCAACUGGACGAAGACCAAGCCAUUGGUCUCUUGGAACAGAAGCAUUCCAAAUGGGGCAACAAGAACUGUCUGGAGCUGGCACUGGUAGCCAAGGACAUGGCCUUCGUCUCCACCCGCGCCGGCCAGGCCUGCAUCGACCGCAGGUGGCGUCAGGGCAUGAGCAGGGCGCCUGGCCUGGCCGUCGUCCUCGCUAACAUCUUCCCGCUUCUUAUCUUCUGGCGUCGCCUCUUCCGCUUCCAGAAGGAGGAGGACGGUCAGAAGAUGGGGGUGGUGGAGAAGGUGGCCGUCUUCUACACCUCUCCCAUAUCCAAGCUGUGCGCCCAUUCCUCGGCCUAUGGCGGCUUUCUGGUUCUCUACACUUACGUUGUCCUCUUUGACUUCAAGUACGAGAUGUCGGUCUCAGAGAUGGUUCUCAUCAUCUGGAUGUUCACCUUCUUCAGUGACGAAUUUGUAGAGAUUGGGUCAGAGACACUGCCGACGGUGCGGGAGCAGCUCGCCAACUGGGCCAGUAGCGUGUGGAACAAGUUUGACUUGGUGUUGGUGCUGAUGGGAUCAUUAGCGUUCUGCUUGCGCCUCUUCCGGGAGACAUUCAGUUGGGGCCGCAUGGCUUACUCCAUCAACACGGCCCUCUUCUACUGCAGGUUCUUCAGGAUCUACUACGCCAGCACCCACCUCGGCCCCAAGCUCUUCAUCUUAUACAAGACGAUCCCGGAGGUGGUGGUGUUCAUGGCGCUGCUGGUGAUCUUCCUGCUGGGGUUCGGGAUAGCGUCGCAGGCGCUGAUGCAUCCGGCCAGGGACGCUCUCCACCUCAACUCCUCCGCCCUCGGCGCCAUCAUGGAGCAGGUCCUCCUCACACCCUACUGGCAGAUGUUCGGCGAACUCCAGCUCCAGGAGAUAGCAGGUGAGGAUCGAGUGGUGUGUCACCAGAACUCGUGUAUAAUGGGUGAGCUGUGCGACAAUGGGACGACCAACUGCAGGCCGGAGCUGGACUGUGUGUGUGAGAACCCUAACAACUACACUUGGAUUGUCCUCAUCAUGCUCUCAUGCUACCUCAUCAUCGGCAACGUCAUGCUACUUAAUCUGCUCAUUGCGAUCUUCAUGGACGUGUAUGAAACAGUGCAGAAGGAGAGCAAGGAGAUCUCCAGGUUCCAGAUGCUGGUGCUGGUGAGAGAGUACGACCAGAGGUCCGCUCUCAUCCCGCCAUUCGUCGUCAUUCAACACCUGUUCCGCAUCUUCCAGAAGAUACGGAAGCCUCAGAUACAACCUGAAACCUGUGAGGACACAGAAGAGACGCUGGAGGAGAGGAACAAGUUGAAGGAGGAGCUGCUGAAGAAGUAUGAGGAGGUGGCGGCGUCCUCGGGCGCCUGCACCACUCACAGCCUCGUCAAGGUCAUCUCACACAAACUUGACAAGUUAUCAGAAUACCUGAAGCGAGACGACGACCAGGAGGACGAUGAUGCUGAUGAGGAUGAUGAGGACGAGGAUGAUGAGGACGAGGAUGAUGAGGACGAGGAUGACGAGGACGAGGAUGACGAGGAUGAGGAGAAUAAUAAAAACGGUGAUACAUUGACCAACGAAAUCGAAACAUCUGGCAGCCAAUCAACUCUGAAAGAAGAACCAGCCGACGAAUGUGUUGACCUCAGCCAACACAAACAGUCUGAUGAGGCAGACGCCGCUGAGCAGGUCAAGGAGGAAAACUAUUGGCCAUCACACCUUGCUGAGCUGAACACCCGCUUUGACACACUCGACAAGACACUCAACACUCGCCUCGACACCCUCGACCAGCAGCUGCGCCACACACAUCACCUCAUUAGCAAAAUGAUGUCUACAUUUGACAAAACAAUCGGGAAUAAAAAGGAAUGAUGGCAAUAGGAAGUGAAAUAUAAAGCUAAAAUGUUUGUAUUAAUCAUUAAUUUUAAUAAGUAAUAAAACCAACUGAAAGGUUGCAAUUCAAAGAUAAA